AUGACAGGACCACCACCUCAAGCACCCCCACCGUCAACAGCUCCAAACCAGGCGCCCAACCAACAAUCGUCCUCGUCCUCGGCCUUCUCAGAUGCGGCUGACUCGUGGGAGGCGAAAGCCCUUGCAGCCUCGCUCGGACAUGUUGUCGAGAACGUCGGAUUGCACUUCCUCGGCGGAGGGAAGGAGUACCCUGCGCCAUCCGAGGCUCAGAAGAAUCUCGAGUCUGUUCAUCCAACGCUGAAGGAAGCUAGGCAGGCUGUGGCAAGCUUCUUUCCCUCCUCCGAGACAUUGGACAAGGGAACGUCUGGGUACGUUGGAGCUCUAACGACCUCAAGUUUGAAGCUGAUCAUCAGGAAACUAUGUCAUGGACCGCAAAACGGGGCGCAAGGUCUUCGAGCCAAUGCCGCUUUGUGCGUAGCUUCUAGAACUUCCGCGAUCAAGCUGACUGCAGACGUCCGGAUAGGAAUGCACCUCCUCUUCGUGUCCGGGAGAGGCAAGAUCCAGCAGAUGCUCAAGACCCAGAGCGUGCGAGAGGGUAAGCUGUACGACGCCACCGGCCCUCAGGUCAAGCAGCACAUCGCAAAGUUCAUCGCGACGUACCAGCUCGACACGUCUCAACUGCUUGAACAAGAUCUGGACAAGUAUCCCGUGAGCUCGUCCGGGGGACACUGCGAGCUGACAGCCCAGACCAUGAACUCGUUUUUCGCCCGUAAACUCGUUCCUGGAGCGCGCCCGAUCGCAUCCGCCGACGACCCUAGUGUCAUCGACUCGCCCGCCGACUGCCGCCUCUCAUGCUUUGACACAGUGAGCGACGCCACUAAGUUUUGGGUGAAAGGAAAGCAGUUCACGAUUCCGCACCUGCUGGGCGCGAUUGAUGACGAUACGGCGAAGGGGUUCACCGAUGUCUCCGGAGACAACGCCACUACGGCGACUUCUCAGAAGCAGCCCGCCAACGCGCCUUCGGACCCCAAAUCGGAGAUCGCGAAGAAUCCGAAGGUGACGAACAAUACGAACAUUUCCGACCAGAAGCAGGACCAGGCGUUGCAGUCCUUCCUUCGACACUCGGAUUAUGCACUCGCUGUUGCCCGCCUCGCACCUCAGGACUACCAUCGCUUCCAUUCACCCGUCGACGGCGUCCUCGUUUCGCAAACCGACAUUGAUGGUGACCUGUAUAUAAGUUACAAGCGCAGCGUGAUGAUGAUCGACGCGGACCUGGGCCCCGGUCUCGAAAACACGAGCACCGCCUUCGUCGCGAUCGGUGCGAUGCUGGUCGGUUCCAUCGUGUGGAGCAAGAAGCCAGGCGACCGCGUGCGCAAGGGCGAGGAGCUGGGCUACUUCCAGUACGGCGGAAGCACGUGCAUCGUCGCCUUCCCUGGGCACUGCGUCAAGUUUGACAAGGAUCUGAUCAACACCUCGGACGACGGCAUGGAGACGCUCGUCAAGGUCGGCGAGCACAUCGGUAAGGCGGAGCGGGUUCAGUAG